CGGUGGGAGAUGCGGGCUGGGCGAGCGGCGGCCUUUGUGUUCGCGGCCGGGCGAGGGGACGGAGGCGGUGGGCAACAGGUCCGGCCGGGAGGGGUUCGGUGCCACCGACCCGGGGAUCAGCAAGGAAACACCGCCGAUCGGGAGGAGCGGAGCUGGUCCUGCCUCACCGCUCAUCUGGCCCCGAAGGUUUCUACGAAAUCCCCUUCUUCCUCUGCCCAAAUCUCUUCCUCUGGAGCAUCACCAGCGUGUGGAGCCUGCCCCACACACCCAUCCCCUGCCAAACCACGGCCUUUACCUGCGUGUUCCGGUGUUUCCCGUGCGACCCGUCCUGCGGGAGCGCCUCCUGGGCCACCCCGGAGUUCAGCCAGCACUCAGUGGCUCCAAUGGUGAAGAUGACAAGGUCCAAGACUUUCCAGGCAUAUCUGCCUUCGUGCCACAGGACCUACAGCUGCAUUCACUGCAGGGCUCACCUGGCCAACCACGAUGAGCUCAUUUCCAAGUCUUUCCAGGGCAGCCAAGGACGAGCAUACCUCUUCAACUCCGUAGUUAACGUGGGCUGUGGCCCUGCAGAGGAGCGGGUGUUAUUAACAGGACUGCACGCCGUGGCAGAUAUUUACUGUGAAAACUGCAAAACCACGCUGGGCUGGAAAUAUGAACACGCUUUUGAAAGCAGCCAGAAGUAUAAAGAAGGCAAAUACAUCAUUGAACUAGCUCACAUGAUCAAGGAUAAUGGCUGGGAUUGAGUGGGAAGAGCCCAGCCUAGCAGCGUGUACGAGAUGCCAUCCAACCGAACAUUUAUCCAAGAGUGAGAGAGUGACUGAACGCUUGGUUCCAUGCAUUUAGAGGCUCUGCAACCCGGGAGCAUCUUCACACCCUUCUCCAUCUUUAUUGGUGACUGGCCUCUAAAUUUCUGUCUCUCUGUCUCUUUGCUUUGUAUCUGUUUGUGAGUUGACCCUGGCUGCUUCUCUCUCUGUUCUGGCGUUGGCUCAGAGAAUGCACCGAACGCCCAACAGCCAUUCCAUGUGCCCAGUGCUCGACCCAGCCUGACCUGGGCUCUCCUGGCACCUCCCCAGGUGCCCGAGGUUUGGGCAGGAGAAGGUGGGAGAGGGGUGGGGGAGUGAGGGAACCAUCAGAAGGUGAUGCUGUGCUUCUCCUUUCAGUCCUGGUUAAGCGAGGCUUGAAACCAUCUCCUUGUCUAAAUGGACAGAGAAAUAUCUACUUGUCUAAAAAGGACAGAGAAAUAAUCUACUUGUCUAAAUGGAUAGAGAAAUAUCUACUUGUUUAAAUGGAUAGAGAAAUACCUACUUGUCUAAAAAGGACAGAGAAAUAUCUCCUUGUCUAAAAGGACAGAAAUUACCUCACGGCUGCGUUUUCUCUCUGAAUCUCGAAUCCAUCAGCUGAGCCCCAGGCAGAACCAGUCCCCCCCACAAUCUGUAUUUUGUUUGCUGUUUAUGAACUCGUUGUGUGAGGGGGCAGGACCUGGAGGCUGGAGAGAUGGCCUGCCUCUCCUGUUUCUUGCUGGUUCAGGGUAGGGAGACUGAACAUCCCAGUGGAGCACAGCUGUGGGGAGCAUCCUCACAGAUGGAGAAACCAAAUCCUGACUCUUGAGCCCUUCAGAGAGGAUGAGAGAACCACUUCAGGCACAAGGAGGCUGGAGUUGCAGCUUAGGAAAUGUGGUGGGGUGAAAAAAGGCACGUAUGAGGCAAGGGAGAGGAAAUUCUGUAGAGGAGGAGGAUGGGGACAAACAGUUCCAGAGGGUACCCCUGGAUUUCCUGACCUCCCCUGAGCACCCUUGGCAGUGUCUCACCAAUCUUUCACAAGUGCAAGUAGGAAAAUGUUGUUUCAGAACCUUUUCCUUGAAUGCCAGGUUCCACUGGGGGAGCCUGGCACAGAAGUGGGGUGAGGAGGGAGCCGAGUUCUGGUGGUUGUGUUGCACAGGUGGAUAUUUCAAGUCCUGAGGUUUCCUCCCCUUUUCCCACUCCCAGAAGCCCGUUGAAGGCACGGGGAGAAUGGGAAAGAAAAAUAGAAAUUAAACAUCUUCCCACCACCCCUGGGAUGAUCUAUGCCUUGAGGGGUAGAUGUGGAUGUCAAAACUGCAAGGGACAAGGAGUCCUUCCCAUUUUAAUUUUUUCCAUGGGAAUUCCUGAGCACCUUCCUGAGGUGGAUGCUGGGGAAGGGGCGUCGUGUGUGAGAGGGGAGCUGUGUUAGGCCAGAAUAGCAACGAGGAGUUUGCUCUGCAGCAAUCCAGCCAGUAUCUGGUGCAGAACCCAGGACUAUGGAGCUGAGUUUGUUUUCUCUCUCCCCGAGUGAAUUUUUCUUUUUGUUGGCAGAAUCCUUUCGAGUAGGUUAAUCCACGGGGGGAAAUCUUUCUUAAUCCAGAAGGAAAGAGUGUUGUGCAGGGGGUGGUGACUCCUUAUGAAACAGAAGCUUUGGAGCUGUAAGCUGUUGUCACUGGCCCCCACCCCUGAGAGAUUCCAGGGGUCUGUGGAGGAAUCAUUUGUUGUUUUAUUGACAGGGAAUAUGAAUAGAGACUCUCCUUAAGGAUCAGGGUGGAAAUUUAGUGUUGGAUCCUUGUGCUGAAACCCAAACCUGAUGAAGCAAAGGUUGUUUUUUUUCUCUCUCAAAUCUCUGUUCUUGACAGCCUUGGAGAAAUGAGGUGGAGUUGUCCAGGCUCCUGCAGGGGAUGGAGUUUGUGACCUACCUGUCCAGAGGUGGCUUCUGCCCUCACCCUUCUGCUCUGGCUGUGUAACAAUUGCUUCAGCUUUUGUUUUGGAUUGUCUCUGCUUCCAUCAGCCACAUUCCCUCCAGUGACAAAUCCAGGAAAAAUCAAAAAUUCCACAGCACCUGCUGUCUUGUGGGCUCUGGCACUGCCCUGGUGCCACUUCCCUGUCCUUUCAUUGAGGAUCCAUGGCAAUUUACUGGGUUUUGACUAGUGGGAAGUAAUUCCUGUUCUUCAAAGAGCUCUUUAGUCUCCACAGAGCCUUUAAAGGAGCUGGGAGAGGUAAGGUCUCAUCCCAAAUCCUGUGAGGUUGAGAAGAGCACACAGGGCUCAUGGUUUGAUGUUGAUAUUUGCAGUGACUGCUGAUCAAAAAGAAUAUAAAAGGCAGGGCUGUGCAGAGAACUGCUCUGAGAAAUACCAACUCCAGAGAGCUGUCAGCUCUAAAUGUUUUUAUCCAUUCAUUUGGGACAAAAAAAGGACAAUGCCCCAUCAGACCUGGCUGGUUUUUACUGGCCACAAGUGUUGGGCUUUUAAUGGCAACCAGUCCAAACUUGAAUAGGGCGAGGUUUAAUCUGCUUUUAAUUGGUUUUGUCCCAUCAGUCUCUUGCUGAGAGCCUGGCCCCGAGCCCUGAUGGGAAGCCAAUGUGUGGCUGUGCCUGUCCCCAGCACCCAGAGAAUUCCCUGGGGAGUGGCUGUGAUGUCCUGCACAGGUGGAUGAGGAGGAAUGGCCUUGUGCAGCUCCUGUGUGUGUCCAGUGAACACGAAGAGUUGAUUUAGUUGGCUGCUGAUUCCCCUGGGAGCUGGCAGGAAUUUGGGAUCUGUGCUGGGGGAGCCACAGAGUGACACACUCAGAGAUAACCAAAGAACUUCCCUGCUGAGCUGAGCCAGCUGGGGCCCUUUCCCAGGAGAAAUGGAGAUGUGGCCCGUGGGAGCUGCUUUCCAUGGGCAGCAUCCUCAGGAAAACAUGGACAGCAGCGAGUUUUCCUCCUUUUUUUGCUGUCCAGCCUCGUGUCUGGGCAGCUGUGAGCACCCUUGAGUUUACAUCCCCCCCCACCCACCCCAAAGCUCAGACUUGAUCAAGUUUUAAAUUGUUUUUGCUUUGGUGGAUUGUCUUGGUGUGAAAUCCUGACCCCUGUAAGAAAUAUUCAGAUGCUAAUAUAUAAAAAGCAGAAAAAAAUAAACCCCCAGACGUUAUCUUGUGAAAUAUACUUUUGUAAAUAAUAUUUAAUUUUUUAAAAAGAAAUAAUAUAUUUGGUGCUGUUUUCUCAGAGCCCCUCCCUGAGAGCACUUUUUUUUUUUGUCGUCGUCGUUUAUGAUGAUCCUGUUUCCUUCUGUAUUUGUUGAAAAAUAUGUUUAAAGGGAAACAAAAAUCAUAAUUUACGUUGUCCUCUGAGGUGAAUCCGUGUUUCCUGUGGCUGUGGCAGGAGAGGGGACUCCCAGCUGGCAGAUUUGGGGGGAUAUUUGGGCUGGGAGGGGCUGCAGGCACUCAGAGGGUUCCAGUUCCCCUGUGCCUUUCCCUGGAGCCCAGGAACCCCCUGGAGUUCCCACUUUCCCUGCUUUGUGGGAUCCAGGCCUGGGGUUUUCUCUUGCACCAGUAUUGGCUGGAGUGAAGUAGAUCUGGAGCUGCAGGAAUUGGGAUUGGACAGGAGCUGCAGCCUCACCUUCACUGAGGGCAGCAGGGAUGGAGGAUGGAGCUUUUAACUCCAUGUUGAUUUUACCUAAACCCUAAAUCUUUGGAUCCUGGUUUUAUUUUUGAGGGGAGGGGUUUUUCUUGUUGUUGUUUUUGUUUUUUAACCAGGCUGCUACAUAACAAGUUCAAGUUUACCUCUCGUGGCAGUAAAGUUCGUUUAUUUUGUUCUUCUUUCUGUCUUUAAUCUUCCCCUUUCUCGCCCUUCUUGGUUUUUAUUUCAUUUGGUCUCUUGUUUUAUCCCAAAGUGGACCAACAGCACAAACCACUGGACUGUGUUUUGCUGAGCAAGGAGCUGUUGAAGAACUCUUGCAGACUCUUUAAUUCUCUGGGUUUGGUGUACACGACUUCAAACCACACAGGAAAAAACAAAAACAAACCAAAACCAACCAAACCCUGCGAAAUCAAACCUGUUGUUCUCGUGAUGAUUAAGUGAGAAUGUUCUCUGUAUGCAUUUUUCUAACUGCUCUGUGAGAGUGUCAAUUAUGCAUUUCACUGCACUUCCCUGCUUUGGGAGGAGCUUCCACGUGAAGCAGUUUUGGGAUGAAGAGGGGACACCAAACACCAAGCUCAGCUCAGUGGGAAGGAGCUCUUCCCACCACGGGAGAGGCCUCAGUGCUCAGAAGCAAUCAGGUUAGACAGGGAUUUUCUGCAGAAAUCAUGGUGAAAAAGAACAAGCAGAAGAGGGGAAACAAAAUCAUUUUGAAUUAAAAAAAAAAAAAAUCAACAUAUUUAAAUGCAAGCAGAAUGGCAUUGUGUAAGGUACAACCACAAAUAAGCUGUUCUCAUUGUUACAACUGUGUGUAUCCUUUGUUUUGUUCUUCCUAAGGAAAUGGGAAUGCUUUCCCCACUGGCAAAACUAAGGACAAUAUUUCCAAUACCAGCCUGUCUAUGGAUGCUCUUGUGUUUACAAAUUGUGUACACUUUUAUUUCUUUGAUCUUAUUUUAAUUUUUUUGCAUAUUCUUUCAGGUCAUUUGCUUCAGUCAUAAAUACAAUUGUUUUGUUUUCAAAUAAUUGGUUUUCACCUUUUCAUGUAUUUGUACAUUGUAUAUAGUUCUUCAGUAUUAGAGGGAGGCGUAUUGUUUGUCAUAUUUACAAUAUGUGUUGGUGCUCAUUUGAGAAAAUAAAAUUUUCAAGUACUAAAGCUG